UCCGCCGCUCGUAGAGACGUUUGUUCUGCAGGUUGUUAUAGUUACUCCGAUCCGCAGGGGUCCCGUUGUCUGUUUAAAACCCUUAAAUCUUCCACCACCCCUUAAAAAAAAAAAAAAGAAAAAAAAAAAGGUAUUUUAUCAGUGGGGCUGCCAUAAUGAUUAUUAAAAGCCUAUCUGCUGGCAAUUAGCUCAUUCCUGACUUGGCUUUCCUGACUGACAGACUGGGAGCAGUGUCUUAAGAAUUUCCCUAUGGCAAAAACUGCUGAUUGGGUCUUUAAACUCAGCCACUAACUUUUUUUUUUUUUUUUGUGUAAGAUUUUUGUCUCCUGUGUGUGUGUGUGUGUGUGUGUGUGUGUGUGUGUGUGUGUGUAGCCUGGGAGCAGUCAACACCCUCUGCUUUCUUUAUAAGGAGAGACUCUACCUGCCAGGGCUCAUCUGCACAUAUAUCACAUAUUUAUAUCUAUAUAAUCACCCGUUUUUCGAAUAUUUUUUUUUUUUAAUAUUGUUUCUAUCAUUUUUUAUUAUCCUUAUGAAUUUUUUACAAACACAAGGGAUCGCUGGGGAACUGAAUCCGACGAAGAUUUAAACGAUCGUUAUAUAAUUUUUUUUUGUUUUUGUUUGUUCUACUAUUAUUAUUGUUUUUAUUAUUUUUUUGGAGAUGGGCUGCUUUGGAUAUUUCCUCCUCCUCUGUGGGCUACACCAAGUCGUGGCUACUUAUCCUAUCUGGUGGUCAUUAGCAGUUGGGCAACAAUACUCGUCUUUGGGGACCCAACCAAUUCCCUGUGGUACAAUUCCAGGUCUGGUGGCAAAGCAGAUGCGUUUCUGCCGGAAUUAUAUGGAGAUUAUGCCGAGCGUGGCAGAGGGUGUUAAAAUCGGGAUACAAGAGUGUCAGCACCAGUUCCGAGGGCGACGGUGGAACUGCACCACAGUUAAUGAUAACCUGGCGAUUUUUGGACCAGUGUUGGAUAAAGCCACAAGAGAGUCAUCCUUUGUUCAUGCCAUAGCCUCAGCUGGAGUUGCAUUUGCUGUAACCAGAUCUUGCGCUGAGGGAUCUGCUACCAUCUGCGGCUGUGAUACCCAUCACAAAGGACCUCCUGGGGAAGGCUGGAAGUGGGGAGGCUGCAGUGAAGAUAUGGAUUUUGGAAGCAUGGUGUCUCGAGAAUUUGCAGAUGCACGAGAGAACAGGCCAGAUGCCCGAUCAGCAAUGAACAGGCACAACAAUGAAGCCGGCAGAACAUCAAUCUUAGAUCACAGGCAUCUUAAAUGCAAAUGUCAUGGAUUGUCUGGAAGCUGCGAAGUUAAGACGUGCUGGUGGUCCCAGCCAGACUUCAGGGUGAUUGGCGACUAUCUUAAGGAUAAAUACGACAGUGCUUCUGAAAUGGUGGUAGAAAAACAUCGAGAGUCCCGGGGAUGGGUUGAAACCCUGAGGCCCAAAUACACAUUCUUUAAGCCACCUACAGAGAGAGAUUUGAUUUACUAUGAGAGCUCUCCCAAUUUUUGUGAGCCCAAUCCAGAAACUGGAUCUUUUGGAACCCGCGAUAGGGUGUGCAAUGUAUCAUCUCAUGGAAUAGAUGGCUGUGAUCUUUUAUGUUGCGGUCGAGGACACAAUACAAGGACUGAGAAAAGGAAAGAAAAAUGUCACUGCAUCUUCCACUGGUGUUGCUACGUCAGCUGUCAAGAAUGUAUAAGGGUAUAUGAUGUUCACACCUGCAAAUAAUCGUCUAUUCCUAAGCCAGGCUCAAUCGUAAGACAUGACUCAAGGCCUGGUUUUUCAGGCAUGGAUCAGUAAGACUUUGACUAUUGACUGAUUGAGUAGAGUUGAUGUAAAGGCUUCUUAGAAAGGCUCAAUGCAGUUGGAGAUUUAAAUACAAUCUUCACAAACAAUACACAGUAUAUCCCGGUAAUUUUGCAGUUCUUGUCAUAGGUGUGAUGACAUGAAGUGAAAUGCAAGAUAACUGAAACUUCAAUAGUACAAUAUGUAACAGAAGAUGUGAUUAUGCAACGUCAACAGAUAAUCUACCAAUAUCGCAUUCCAAAUAGGUCAUUGUUGUGAUGUCCUUCAGCAGUUCUCACUGUUUUCGGACUGACAAAGAGAGUCGAUGAGGAUUUUGUGCAACUUCGGUUGGAUAUUUAAUUUUUCAUUAAGCAAAAAAAGGGAACAAAACAUUACUGGACAAAACACUCAACAGAAAGAUACAACACAAUGGACAAGAAGAAUUCCAGUUUGGUAUUUCUUUCCCCCAGAUUUCAGUAUGAUAUGAAAUUCACUAUUCUAAAUUAAAGUACAUUUUUUUGUUUGUUUUAAAUAUUGACACAAAAACCAGCCUUUUGUGAAACCACAUCCUUCACUGACAUAUACUGUUCUGAAUUAUCUGUGGCUGAGCAGACUGUGUGUGGACAAUAACCCUAUUGCUUAAAUGAUUGAGAUAUGAGUCACGUAAUUUCAAAGGAUUUGAGUUGGAAACCCGCACUUAAUUUCAUCACUCCCCAUUAUUAGUGAUGAGCGAAAAUUCGCCGGCGUCCAUUUUUUUGACACCAGCGUCCGUUUUUUUUUGGACGCCGGCAUCAAA